AUGCCUGGUUCUCGGCGUCAUAUGGAUGUGGAAACAGCAACAAGAGCAGUGUUUAUGCUUCAGGAGGGAGAAUCGCAGAGAUCAGUGGCAAGACGUCUUGGUGUGUUGCGACGAGCUAUUCGAAACGGGUGGGAACGCUUUCUAGAGACAGGUAGUGUCGCGACGAGAUCUGGAUCAGGAAGAGCGCGAGAUACAACCGUCCAGGAAGACCGGUAUAUCAGAUUGACUGCACGUCGAGAGCGUACGAUUCCCGCCCGCGUCUUACAAAAUCGACUGCGGCAAUCGACUGGCACACGAAUUAGUGAUCUAACCAUUCGAAAUCGGCUCCAUGAAGACGGACAACGUUCCAGAUCUCGUGUUAUUCGUCUAAAAUUGACAAGAGCGCAUCAUGCAGCACGUUUGAGCGAUGAUUGUCGAGUGCGCGUGUGUAGAAGAGAAGGAGAACGUUUUUCAGAACCUUGCAUACAUGAAACGGAUCGUUUUGGAGGUCCAAAUGUUAUGGUGUGGGCUGGAAUAAGCUUGCUCGGUAAAACUGAGCUGGUAAUUCUGGAAGAAGGCUCCAUAACUGCCUCCCGGUAUCUUGAUCGAAUAAUUCGGCCCCAUGUCAUCCCAUUUUCACAAAGAGUGGGUGAAAACUUCGUCUUUAUGCAAGACAAUGCUCGCCCACAUACAACGCAAACAACCCAGAGAGCUCUCUCUGAAGCCAAUAUUACGGUUUUACCGUGGCCGGCCAUGAGUCCCGAUCUCAACCCCUUUGAACAUUUAUGGGACCAAUUAGAAAGAAGCCUCAAAUCGAACUUCAGUAAUGUGACUAAUCGACAAGAGCUCAUAAACUUCCUAAAAUUGUGUUGGGAGCGAAUACCCGAGGAAAACAUCACCCACUUGAUUGAAAGUGUCCCAGAUAGAUUCAGAGAGUGCAUACGGAAUAGAGGAGGACCUACUCGCUAUUAA